AUGGGGCUGGGCCGGGGGGCCGCGUCGCCGCUCCGCCUUCUCGGCUUGGCGAGCCUCCUGGCCAACCUGGAGUGUCAAACGUUUCUGCAUAUCACUUAUCCCCUGAAGAUAUCAGCCAACUCCUCUGAAGACUGUAUAGGUGGUGCUCCUGAUGAGAGUGUUCAGGCUUAUACUCUUACCAUAAAUCAGAAGCUCUACACAGUCCGCCUGAAACAACAAUCCUAUUUGCCAAACGAUUUUGUGAUUUAUACAUACAACAGUGGAGGCUUUGUGCAGCCCACUAUCCCAGAAAUUCAGAAUGAAUGCUUCUAUCAAGGUCAUAUCCAAGGAUUCCCCAAUUCUGUGGCAAUACUCAGCACCUGCUCUGGGCUCAGGGGAGUGCUACAGUUUGAGAAUGUCAGCUAUGGCAUUGAACACCUGGAAUCUUCAACCACUUUUGAGCACCUAAUUUACGAACUAAACAGCAAAGACGGCCAAAGCCCAAUUUGGACAGAAAAGGUCACUCGUGUAGACAACCAAACGAACACUGGACAUGCAUCUUACAAGCUGCUUUCAGAUACUGUGCCGCUGUCAGAUACCACUAAAACUCACAGGUACAUAGAAGUCUAUGCUGUCGUGGACAAGGUUUUGUUCAACUAUUUGGGUGGAAACCCUGAAUAUGUAACCUCAAACGUUGUGCAGAUUAUCGGCUUUGUUAAUAGCAUGUUUGCCGACAUUAACGUAACAGUUGUACUUUCCUCUUUGGAGUUCUGGACAGAUGGCAAUAAAAUCUCAACAGAAGGAGAAGCCGAUGAAAUUCUACGGAGGUUUUUGCAAUGGAAAAAUUCGUACCUUGUCCUGCGGCCUCACGACCUGGCCUUUCUCUUUGUGUACAGAGAGAAGCCAAAUUACGUGGGAGCAGCCUUUACAGGAAAAUUGUGUCUCCGAAAUUUUGAUGCAGCAGUAGCUUUGUACGAGAAGUCAAUAACUUUGGAGACUUUUUCAGUCAUUCUGGCUCAGCUGUUGGGUUUCAGCCUGGGGAUGGAAUACGAGGACAGCAAAGACUGCAAGUGCCCCGGUCACAUCUGUGUAAUGCACACAAAUGCAGUGCAA